AUGGCCCCUCCUACUCCCACCUCUAACCCUUUCGCCGCCAUGAGGAACUUUGGUGGUAUGGUGUCGUCUGCUCUUUCCUUCGGCGACAGAUCUCGCCAAGUCUCCUCCCUCGGCCUCGGCACCCUCUCUUUGGGGGAGCCGUCUGGCGAUGUCCCGCCUCCUCGCUCCGCUUCUCCUCCCGCCGGUCCUCCCGUUGGUUCUCCCUCUGCUUCUCCUCCUCCUGGUUCUCGCUCUGCUUCCCCUCCUGCCGCCAGCCCUCGCCGCAGGACGCCCGCCUUUCGUCCUGACUUCGAAGGAAAAGGGGGUGAUUAUAGUGAUGAGGAUGAUAGAAUCGUGUCGGAGGGUGAAACCGAGUUAGAGGAACACUCGGAUGAUGAUAUGGUGGCGGUUAGUGUAGAGGACAACAACGUAGAUAGUCCUGAGCAAACGACGCCGUUCCCUCUCUUCUUCUUCUUCUUCCUCUUCUUCUUCUUCCUCUUCUUCUUCCUCUUCCGGGGUUCUCCCCCUUCCGGGGUUCUCCCCCCCCCCAACGCCAUCGCCGCUGCCGCCGCUGCUGCCGCCGCCCGCUCUGCCGCCGCCAUCGCUCCUGCUGCCGCCGCCGGUCCUGCUCCCGCCGCCCCCGUCGCUGCUCCCCCCCCUUCUCCCAGAGGGGAGCCUUCGCCCAAACGGGUGAAGAGAUCACUGCGGGAAGAAGAGUACUUGUGGGAGAAGAUGAAGUCCGAGCCUGGUCGUUGGAUCGCGGUUGGUGUUGACGAAGCGUGUGAUCGUUGCCGACGUGAGAUUAUCACGUAUAAUCGUCCAAACUGGCCCUGCCUCAAGGCAGUCAGGCCACACAACAAGGCCCUCCGUUGUGCUUCAUGCACGUCUGGCCCCUGCUCCUUCUGUCCCGUUUCCUCUGCCCGGGACAUCCCGCCCCGUCCCUUCGACGCUUCUCCUCUCCCCCCUCCCCAGACUCCAGCGUCUGUCCCCCGUUCGCGGGUACCGCCUUCGUCUCUCCGGUCGGUUCGCCGUACUUCGCCGGACCUCCGCCCGUCGCCUCCGUCGCCGUCGCCCUUCGCUCCUGUGGCCGGCCCAUCACGUCUCCCGGCUGUUCCUCCUUCGUCUUCUCGCCGUCCUUCGGCCUCUGCUCCUUCGGCCUCCCGUCCUUCGGCCUCUCGUCCUUCGGCGCCACGUCCGUCCUCUCCAGUGGUAGCUUCUCCUCCGGCUCACAGCACCCGAAGUCGGCGUCCUUCUGUUCCUCCGGCCACUUCGGCGGCCCCUCCCGUCACCCCUCCCUCUGCUUCCCAGAAGACACCGAAGUCUUCUUUAAAGAAAUCAAAAGGGAAAUCUAAAGAGAAGGAGGUUGCCUUCAAUGAUGGUGAUGUGGAAGGUGAAGAUACUCAGCGUGCUGGUCCCUCUGCUCCCCGGUUGUCCCUCGUCCACCCUCGUAUCUCCCUGGACGUCCGUAUUCCUGAGGACGAAAAGGAAUUCGCCACUUAUCGUUCUCUCGUCCUCGGUCUCACUACUCAGCUCGAGGCCGCCCGAAAUGAUACAUCUCUCCUGCUUGACUUCUCUUCUCGUCAAGCUAACGCUUUAAACAAUCUCACUGCGGCGUUAGUAGAUGUAGUCAACACUGAGGCUCUGGACGACGAAGCAAGGACAAGGUUAGCGGACGUCUCUCGCCGAAGCCUUACUGAGAUAGCCAAUGUUCGCCGAAGACUGUUCGACACCCCCUUCCUAGUCACUCCUAUGGCGUAUGAGCCACCACCGUCCCUUGACUGGUUAGGUCGCCGUAGUAGUUCUCGUGUCCCAGCUUCCGCCCAGACUGCUCUCGACCUCCUCAGUCUUCCCUUCGAGUGUCUACGGACCAUACGUUCUCUGUGGAGGACUCCGAGCAUGCAAGCUGCUCGAGAUGUCCAGGACUUCGGUGACUUCUUUGGGGCUAUGAAUCGGGCAUGGAAUGCUUCUCUCUCUACUGCGUUCCCGUCUGAGACUCUCGAUCUACCUUCGGUCAUCGGUAGCCUCCAUACCAAUCCCGCGGGACCGAGUAGAUCGAAGGAGAAAGGAAAAGGAAAAGGUAAGGGUAAGAGUAAGGACAAGUGA